AUGGCGUCGAAGAAACCACAGACGAAUCUGGCAACAUCGUCUAUAAAAAGUCCAUGCAAUGUUUGCGGGAAAGAAUACAAUGUUGGUGCUAUAUUAAACAGACAUGUUAGAACACACAAACCAAUAAAAUGUCCAGAAUGCUCUCUAGAAUUUAAAGAUUACGAAAUCCCGCAGCAUUUGAAAGAAGUACACAACAAUAUGUCGAUGACUUGCGGCAUUUGUGGUUACCAAGUGGACAAACGCUGUUUGAUGAUCAAGCAUCAGAGAAGAGUGCACUUAAAGGAGAAAAAUUACACGUGUCACAUUUGCAAUGUAAAUGUUUUCGGAGGUUAUGAUUUGAAGAAACACCUUGUGAAGCACAAUCCUGUUAAAAUGUAUGAAUGCGCGCAUUGCCAGAAGAGGUAUCCGCGGCGGACUACAUUGGUCCAACAUUUGAAGAUCCAUGCAGGUGAUAAGAAGAAAGUAUGCACAAUUUGCGACCAACGAUUCGUGCAGAAAGCAAGUUUGAACUAUCAUAUGACUAAACAUCAUCCGGAAUCAUGUUGA